AACCAACACUCGAUUGUCAUUCUUUUUUUACCUCGUACCAUACCCAUCACCAGUCUUCCUCUGAUGCACACACAACUUUGAUAGAGAAGGUCACACUAUUCAACAGAGUCCUUCAUGGCAUCUACCUCAACAUCGACAGAUGCUCCUGCGGCUUCUGGCUUAGGCGGUCAUAGUUAUGACAGUAUACCCACAACGCCUAUGACCAGUAAACCAAACGGUAGAGCAAAUGGAUCGAUAAAAGAGCCGGGCAAAGGUUCAACCGCUGAUGAACAAACAGAAGAAGAUCUUUGGGGAGAAAUUUUGAGUAGCGUUCAAAGUUCAAGAGCGACUCCAGUAAAAAAUAUAAUCGUUUUCGGACAGCCGCAAACGGGAAAGUCAACCCUUUUAUCGCAUCUAGCACAAUCUUCUCCUUCUUCAUUCUUGUCUGAUACGAUUGAUGUGUCGGAUGAACACAAAGGCUCGAAUGCACAGGCCGCGAAUGGACAAAAGGUAAGCUCGCAUGGGAUCGCAGCGGCUGAUCUGGGUUUGGGCUAUGGCUACUUUGACGUAGGCGAUGAUGAUGGAGAGGACACAGUUGCAAGAGUUGGGGUAUAUCAAGUCUCUUCAACACAACCCGCACACAAUUCGCUACUGCCAUUUGCCUUUCUGCCUAAUACCAGCUCAAAAGAAGACACAAAAGUCAACGGAGGUGCUGUAAAAUCUGCAAAUUCAUCGUCUCAAAGGCAGACAAAUCAGGAUCGCUCAAAAGGAGCUACUGUCAAUACUCACCCGAAACCAUCGAUUGCUUCAUUGAGAGAUUCACUUUUUCUCAUCACGCUCGACUGGGAAGCGCCAUGGACGUUUCUUUCACAGCUUUUGGAAUGGCUUGGAGUGAUAAGGGAUUUAGUGGAACGAGCGGCUGCAUCGUCGUCUGCCAGCGAACAGGGACAAUGGUCUCAAGAGCGUGUGAUUCUAGAUGAAAUGAAGGAGGGGAUCGAGGCGUAUAUCCGAUCCUAUACUGAGCCUCAAGCUGUCGGCAAUACGACCAUCCCCGAAAUGGAAGAACUGGAAGUAGGUGAAACAUCAACAGCAAGUGCGAUAGUGGCUGUUUCCAAUCCUACUGGUUUGGACGAUGAUGAGAAAGCUCCGCUUCCAGAAGGAUGUUUGAGUCACAACUUUGGUGUUCCUAUCGUGAUAGUAUGUACAAAAGCCGACACGAUCACACAAUUAGAAAGGCAGAGAAAUUUCAAGGAAGAACAACUUGAUUACAUUCAGCAAGUUUUACGCACAAUUUCGCUAAAGUAUGGAGCAGCACUCUUUUACACUGCGCAAUCAAGAUCGCAAUCGUAUGACAUUUUGCGGGAAUAUCUGCUGCAUCGCAUGUUUGCCUCUAAUCGACAUCAUUCUGCCACGAGCGCAUUCCUUUUCCGACAUAGAGCUUCGACAGUGGAGAGGGAUGUUUUGAUCGUGCCGUCCGGAUGGGAUAGUUUUGGAAAGAUUCGAGCGUUACGAGAAGGUUUUGACUGUGAAAGUACUGCAAAUGGAUGGGAGUGGGAUGUGAAAGUGGAACAAGUUCGACGAAACAAGAAUUUGCCCCAAGGCUCGGCAGAAGCAGAAGAAGCGGCCGAGCAAGAAAUCAAUCGAAGAGAUUUGCCAGGGCUAGUUGGAAGUGACGUUGGCCAGAUCAGUAGUGCAGUGAAGCUGUAUGAAGAUAUCAUUGAAGAUUGGAAUGCGAUCGGAGGUGGUAAUUUAAGUACUAGUGGGCACACAAGAGUCAAAGAACCCGAUCAGCAAGCCUUUUUGGCACAAUACUAUGCUACCCUACAGCAAGAUUCCGAUGUUCGCACAAAGAGUAGCGGUCAAAAUGCACGAACAGGAGUAUCAAAGGGUGAAGUACAGAGAAGUGGAGUGGUUGGACCGAUGGGAAGCUCAAGCUUGAGUUUACCAAGUGUGGAAAAGAUAAUGCAAGAGCGUAUGAGUGAUGAGAAUGUUCGACAGAAUGUACAGCCUAGUGCAAAGCCCACGAAUCCAGCAAGGCAAAGAGGAGAUGCACCAUCAAUCAGUACGAGACAGAAUGUCAAUGUGGACAAAUCAAGUCCUUUGUUGGCUUCUGGCGACAGAGGGAUGGGCAGUAGACCUACAAGUCCAUUGGGUGCGGGGGCCGGAUCUGGAAGUGCAAGUCCAACACCGCAACAUAGACAAAGUGAAGUUUUAUCGUCUUUCUUCCAAUCUUUGUUGAAUAAAGAUAAGCCUGCUGCUGGUGGCGGUGGUGGCAGUCGUAGAUGAAAGUUUUCAUAUAUGUAUACAUUCUGAUACCCCACUUUGGAAUGAGAU